AUGGGAUGGAUCAAAAUCAAUGUGGAUGGGGUGGCUAAUGGAAAUCCAAGGUCAGUUGGGUGCGGGGGACUGGCUAGGAAUCAUAUGGGUCUGCUAGUUUCCGCAGUGGCGCUCCCUCAAGGCACCCAGUCUAACCACUUUGCAGAGGCCAAUGCUACCCACAUUGGGUUACACAUGGCUAAAAGAGAAGGCUUUUGUAAGGUCUGGCUGGAGUGUGCCUUACUAAACACUAUCAAUUGUCUGAAUGGGUGUACGGAUCCUAGAUGGACGAUUGCUACUCUGAUCAAGGAUUGUCGAGAUAUAAUAAAUGAGUUGAAAAAAUUCAAAAUUUUGCACGUAUUUAGGGAAGGCAACAAAGCUACGGAUCUACAGGCCAAUAUGGUGGUGGGCUAUGUGGCAGCUAAAUGGUGGAGCAGUAGGGAUUCAUUACCAAAAAACUUGUGGGAGCUGGCUUGUGAUGAUUCCACCCAGUUUCAAUAA